UUGUAUUUAUUUCUUUUUCUGUGUUCGUUCAGAUUCGUCGUUACUAAGCUAGGUCAAUUGAUUCUUUUUCAUUAAAUUGCCCAGAUUUGGGUAUUUAACUGCAACAUUCAAUUUCUCAAGCAUUGGUUAGGUAGAAAAGAAAACAUCUCGAUUGCAAGAUAUAUAGGUACAGAAACAAAAUCUGCAAAGUAUAUAUAAUAUCUUAGCACUCUUAUGAAAUCCUCAAACUCGUGUCUCUGUGAUUGAUUGGUUGAUUGGCAAUACCAUUGUUGAUCCCUAGCAUUCAGUUUUAGGUUUCGUUUGCUCUCUAGCAAUCCAAGAAACUUAGCUUCUCUUAUGGAACAUCUCAGUGAAUCUCAGAUCAACGAGGAUGUGUCUUUAAAGAAUAAUCCUCCAGACAAAGAAGAUACGGACAAAGACACUAACAUGGAACAACCACCUACUAGUCCACGUCAUCGAAAGGUUAUUGCUAGAUGGUUACCUAAUGAAGCGCAGAGACCAAUCGUUGAUGACGCUCCUGUUUUCUCACCAUCAUUAGAGGAGUUUGAAGAUACACUUGCUUACAUAGAAAAGAUACGUCCAUUAGCAGAGCCGUAUGGUAUCUGUCGAAUCAUCCCACCAUCCACAUGGAAACCUCCUUGCCGGCUCAAGGAGAAGAGCAUAUGGGAGCAUACAAAGUUUCCCACACGGAUUCAGACCGUGGACCUGCUUCAGAACCGGGAGCCUAUGAUGAAGAAGAAGAAGCCCAAGAGCAGGAAACGCAAACGGAGAAGAAACUCCAGAAUGGGUUCCUCUAAGAGACGAUCUGGCUCUGGUUCUGGCUCUUCUCCCGAGGCAGAGGAGAAAUUCGGGUUUAACUCCGGUUCAGACUUCACUCUGGAAGAGUUUGAGAGAUACGCUCUGUAUUUUAAAGAGGCAUACUUCGAGAAGAAGGAUUCUCCGUCUGUGGAGGAGAUAGAAGGCGAAUACUGGCGGAUAGUGGAGCAGCCAACAGAUGAAGUGGAGGUAUACUAUGGAGCUGACUUGGAGAACAGGGUGCUUGGAAGCGGAUUUUACAAGAAAGCCGAUAGCGAUAAGGGUCAGUACGCAGUCUCUGGCUGGAACUUGAAUAACUUACCGCGUCUCCCUGGCUCUGUACUCUCUUUUGAGGACUGUGAUAUCUCUGGAGUUCUAGUCCCAUGGCUCUAUGUUGGAAUGUGCUUUUCUUCAUUUUGUUGGCAUGUGGAGGACCAUCAUCUAUACUCACUGAACUAUCAUCACUUUGGGGAGCCAAAAGUAUGGUAUGGUGUUCCGGGAAGCAAUGCAACAUCACUCGAGAAGGCGAUGAGGAAACAUCUGCCUGAUCUGUUUGAAGAACAGCCUGAUCUACUUCACAGCCUGGUUACUCAAUUUAAUCCUUCGAUCCUGAAAGAUGAAGGAGUCCAAGUUUACCGGGUGGUUCAGAACCCAGGGGAGUAUGUGCUGACGUUCCCUAGGGGUUACCAUGCUGGAUUCAACUGCGGUUUCAACUGUGCGGAAGCGGUUAAUGUAGCUCCGGUUGAUUGGUUGGCUCAUGGGCAGAACGCCGUGGAGCUUUACAGUAAAGAGACGAGGAAGACUUCUCUGUCUCAUGACAAACUUCUCCUCGGAGCAGCUUAUGAGGCUGUAAAGGCUCUUUGGGAGCCCUCAGUUUCUUGUGUGGUGAAAGAAAAAAAUACAUGGAAGAGUUUCUGUGGGAAGAACGGUGCGCUUACCAAGGCGAUUCAGGCUCGGUUAGGAAUGGAAGAGGAAAGACUUGGAGAUCUUGGAAGGGAUUCUUCUUUGAGAUUGGUGAAGAUGGAGAAGGACUUUGAUUCAAACAGUGAAAGGGAAUGCUCCUCGUGCUUUUAUGAUCUGCAUCUCUCCGCUUCUGGCUGCAAGUGCUCUCCUGAAGAAUACGCGUGCCUUAGACACUCGGACGAUCUAUGUUCAUGUGAAGUGAAGGAUAGAUUCGUCCUUGUCCGUUACACCAUGGAUGAGUUACGGUCACUGGUCAGGGCAUUGGAAGGGGAAAUGGACGAUUUAAAUAUAUGGGCUUCUAAGGUGUUAGGUAUUGAACACAGUGAUAAAGAUCAGAAUAACACUGGUUCAGUUAUCAACGAGGAGAAGAAGCUAGAGAAAGGUUCGUUUGAUCUGAAUAUCAACUUAGAGUUGAAUUAUCAUGAAGACCUGAAAGAAGAGGUCAGCACCAGUGGCGAGUUAAACGCUUCAGGGAACUUUGAUGUAUCGGUCGAGCCUAUAAACCUUGGUUUCUUGAGUUUUGGAAAGCUUUGGUGCAAUAAGCAUGCUAUAUUCCCAAAAGGAUUCACGAGUCGUGUCAAGUUCUACAACGUGCUUGAUCCAACAAGGAUGAGCAAUUACAUCUCCGAGGUUUUUGAUGCAGGACUCAUGGGUCCAUUGUUCAGGGUUACUCUGGAAGAAUCUCCAGACGAGCGCUUCUUCAAUGUCUCAGCCCAAAAAUGCUGGGAGAUGGUGUUGCAGAGAGUUAAAGAUACAUCCACAAAUCUUGGUCUUCCUAUUUUAUCGCGGUUUGAAAGUAUCAACGGGCUCCAAAUGUUUGGUUUCCUCUCGCCGUCUAUUGUUCAAGCCAUUGAAGCUCUUGAUCCAAACCAUAAACUGGUCGAGUACUGGAACCACAAGAACCAAUCUCAAUCCGAGUCGAAAGAUCACUUCAUAUCAUCAAACUGUACCAAAGGAAAACUUUUCGGAGUAGAUUUGAUGUAGAAAGAUAAGAGAGAGUUACACAUUUACUCUUCUUAUUCUUUUUUUUCUUGAGCAUUUACUCGGAAUCUUUUGUUCGUUCUUCUUCAGUGAAGAAAUAACCUAACCUUAGUGUUACAAGUGUAAACUAGGAAUAAUAAAGUUCGAUUCUUUCGCUA